AUGUGUAGAGCAGUUCGAUACGUCUACCCCGAGUGCGGUCAUCCCGUUGAUCCCGACCCCAAAGUCUGGGUCCUCGAGAGAUGUAUUCCUGCAGUGUCGUUCGGCAGAGAUUGCUGGUUCCCUCGUGACCUGCCCGAGAACUUCAUCGAGAAGAAGCCCUGGCCUAACGAUAACCUCGCUGAGCCUUGCCGCAUGCCUCAUCCGCCAGCCUACUCCGACGCUACCUUUCAGGUCAUGAAUGCAGAGACUCAGGAUAAGGAAGACACCCCUUCCUCCGUCACCCUCAGCGACCUAAGCAAAGACAACAACCUCACGAUUGACGACAUCGACUCCGUUGAAGGAGAGGAGUUUGACUUCUUCGCUCCUGUGGAAAUCAGAUUUGAAUUUGACUCGCCCUUCAUCCUCGCAGACAAGUCUGUCCUUCUCGACAUGGAACCUCUGUAUCUCGACCCAGCCGACAACUAUUACCACGAUGAGAUCAGCCUCCUCGAGGACGACGAGGUCGAGGACCCUGAACUCACCGCCUAUAAUCAAUCUCGUGUCUGGACCGAGGAGGAAAACGCCUACUUCACCAAGGUGAUCGAAGAGACAGGCGAAGAGCUCGCCAUGUAUUCAGCGGAGGACAACAUCGACUGGGUUAGAGUUUCUUCUGUAGACACAUCUGCCCCUCUUAGCUACGAGCAUUAUUUUCCGGAGACCAAGCAUGAAGAAGAAGACAUGGAUGUAGAGAACUGGCCUUGGUUUAAGCCCUGA